GCGGGGCAUUAGGGGGUGGGGUAGCAUGAGAGCUGGGUUGGGUGGUGGAGCAGAUGUCUGCCUGCCCUGCUCACCCCCACUCCCCCAGGUGCCCCCACCUGGAGCAGGUGCCUGCCCGCCCUGCUCACCCCCACUCCCCCGGGCGCCCCCAUCUGGAGCAGGGCCUGUCCCGCCCUGAUCACCCCCACUCCCCCGGGUGCCCCCACCUGGAGCAGGUGCCUGCCCGCCCUGAUCACCCCCACUCCCCGAGGCGCCCCCACCUGGAGCAGGUGCCUGCCCGCCCUGCUCACCCCAACUCCCCCGGGCGCCCCCAUCUGGAGCAGGGCCUGUCCCGCCCUGAUCACCCCCACUCCCCCGGGUGCCCCCACCUGGAGCAGGUGCCUGCCCGCCCUGAUCACCCCCACUCCCCCAGGCGCCCCCACCUGGAGCAGGUGCCUGCCCGCCCUGAUCACCCCCACUCCCCCAGGCGCCCCCACCUGGAGCAGGUGCCUGCCCGCCCUGAUCACCCCCACUCCCCCAGGCGCCCCCACCUGGAGCAAGGGCUGUCCCGCCCUGCUCACCCCCACUCCCCCGGGCGCCCCCACCUGGAGCAGAUGCCUGCCUGCCCUGAUCACCCCCACACCCCCCAGGCGCCCCCACCUGGAGCAGGUGCCUGCCCGCCCUGAUCACCCCCACUCCCCCGGGUGCCCCCACCUGGAGCAGGUGCCUGCCCGCCCUGCUCACCCCCACUCCCCCGGGUGCCCCCACCUGGAGCAGGUGCCUGCCCGCCCUGCUCACCCCCACUCCCCCGGGUGCCCCCACCUGGAGCAGGUGCCUGCCCACCCUGCUCACCCCCACUCCCCCGGGUGCCCCCACCUGGAGCAGGUGCCUGCCCGCCCUGAUCACCCCCACUCCCCCGG